AGACCAGGCUGCAGCUUAAGACCAGUGAGCAAAGGUUCCUGACAGCUGAAGACCAGGCGCCCCCUCUCGUCCGACCAGGCUUUACAUAUGCUAGACUACUACUUGGGGAGGAUGGUCGUGCUUUAAUGCAAGCUGAAGAAAUGUCAAAACGUCCAAAAUUGUCAGGAGCCCAGGGGAGAAAGAAAAGGAAAGAAGAGGAGGAAAAACGCGACAAAGACAGAGACGAGCCAAUACAAGAUGCACUACGAAACCUGGAAACCACAUUUUUUAAUGUGGUCGUGGAUAGUGCCAUCUCUUCACUUGAUGAGGGAUUUCAGAGUCUUGGAGAGAUGAAUAACAUCUUUGCUGUGCUCCUCAAUUUCCCCAACUUGAAAGAACAGGACUUGCUCCAGAAGUGUCAAACCCUAAGUGCUGCCCUGACCCACGACAGCCAGCAGGACAUUAAUGGCACAGAACUUGCAAAGGAAAUGCAGAAUUUCCCACCAUUGCCCUCAAAGAAUAUGACAAACAUGGAACUUUUGACCUUCCUGCAAGAGAAGAAGCUGGCAGAAAUUUACCCCAACAUGUGGGUUGCUUUGAGAAUCUCUGCCACUCUUCCUGUUACUGUGGCUGCUGCUGAAAGAAGCUUCUCUAAGCUCAAACUGAUAAAAACUUAUCUGAGAUCUACUAUGAUGCAAGACCACCUCAGUGAACUUGCCAUUAUAAGCAUCAACCAUGUGGUCUCAAAUCAGUUAUCAUAUGAUGAUGUUGUAGAUGACUUUGCUGCAAGAAAGACUAGGAGGGUAAAGCUGUAGCAGGUUAUGUGAGAUUGAGGACGCGCUGGUGAAGUUCAAGUUCAACUUUUAUUGUCAAUUUCCUCACAUGCACCAGUCAUACAAAGGAGCUGAAAUUACGUUUUUCACUCUCCCAUACGUGGACAGAGACAGGACAGACAUCAUCUCAUCUCAUCUCAUCAUCUCUAGCCGCUUUAUCCUUCUACAGGGUCGCAGGCAAGCUGGAGCCUAUCCCAGCUGACUACGGGCGAAAGGCGGGGUACACCCUGGAUAAGUCGCCAGGUCAUCACAGGGCUGACACAUAGACACAGACAACCAUUCACACUCACAUUCACACCUACGGUCAAUUUAGAGUCACCAGUUAACCUAACCUGCAUGUCUUUGGACUGUGGGGGAAACCGGAUCACCCGGAGGAAACCCACGCGGACACGGGGAGAACAUGCAAACUCCGCACAGAAAGGCCCUCGCCGGCCCCGGGGCUCGAACCCAGGACCUUCUUGCUGUGAGGCGACAGCGCUAACCACUACACCACCGUGCCGCCCACAGACAUCAAAGUACUGAGAAAAAAAAAUAGGAAAGCAGCACAACAUAUCAACAUAUAGUAAACUAGUAUUUCCCUUGUACUAUAUUCAAUAUCAACACAUAUAGUUACAUAUCAACAGUUUUUCCCCCGUUCUACAUUUAGUUUUUCAAUAGUUCUAGUUGAAGGCAGUACCAAAAAACACCACUAGAGGUCUUUUUAAUAUCACAAUUUUAUAUUUUUGUAUUUUUAUUUAAAUCCAUGUAUUUUU